CAGUCACCUCCCCUCUCUGGGAGUGUACACACUCCUGCAUUCUCCCUGUGCUUGUUCACACACGCUCUCGUCUACAUGCUGCACACACACACACACUCACCUUCUCCUCUGACUGACUGCCUGCACAUCAGAGAAGAAGCUCGGACAGGACGUUAAGAUUUUGGACAGGCUGCUUGUGUGUGUGUGUGUGUGUGUGUGUGUGUGUGUGGUUGUGUUGGUCUGCAUGUGUGUGGGCUCGGCAGAAGAGGAGAGAAGCUCCAUCUGCCUGACAUAAGAAAAGAAGAGUGAUUUAUGAUUAUUUUUGAGGGAGGAAGGGAUUUUUUUUACUCUUGCCGGUCAGACACAGAGACGUAACUUUUCCUCACUCAAGGACCUGCUGCUCCUUCUCGUGCCCGUGACAACUCACUCGACAGGAUGACAUGGCGUCCUCAGUACCGCAACUCCAAAUUCCGCCACGUGUUCGGUAAGCCCGCCACCAAGGAGAGCUGCUAUGAUGGCGUGCCAAUCACACGCAGCGUCCAGGACAACCACUUCUGUGCUGUCAACCCACGUUUCCUGGCAGUCAUCACUGAGUGUGCCGGGGGAGGGGCCUUCCUGGUCCUGUCUAUCCAUCAUACAGGUAAAGUGGACCCUCACCACCCCCGAGUAUCAGGCCACAGAGGCAACGUCUUAGACAUCAAGUGGAAUCCCUUCCAUGACUACUGCAUCGCCUCCGCCUCCGAGGACUCGGCGGUGAAGGUGUGGGAAAUCCCUCCUCACGGUCUGAUGAAGAACCUCACAGUACCGUGGAAGGAGCUUCAGGGUCACAGUCGCAGAGUGAGCCUCAUCGAGUGGCACCCGACGGCGAACAACAUCCUCUUUAGUACAGGCUACGACUACCAGAUUAUGAUCUGGAACCUGGACUGUCCAGAGCAGGUGAUCAAGAACCCCGUGCGGACCAUCAGCCACCACACAGACGUGAUCCUCUCCAUGUCGUUCAACACGGACGGCAGCCUCCUCGCCACCUCCUGCAAGGACAAAAAGGUCCGACUGAUGGAGCCGCGCUCAGGAAACCUCCUGCAGGAAGCCAACUGCAAGACGCACAGAGCCAGCAAGGUGUUGAUCCUGGGCAACCUGAAGAUGCUGCUCACAUCGGGGGUUUCACGCUGGAACGAACGGCAGAUCGCUCUGUGGGAUCAGGACGACCUGUCUGUGCCUUUGUUAGAAGAGAACCUGGACGGUUCAUCGGGAGUCCUCUUUCCUUUCUAUGACCCUGACACACACAUGCUCUACGUGGCCGGGAAGGGCGAUGGGAAUAUCAGGUACUACGAGAUCAGCUCAGAAAAACCGUACAUCCACUACCUAACAGAGUACCGCUCACCCUUACCGCAGAAAGGAAUGGGUGUGAUGCCAAAGAGAGGCCUGGAUGUGAGCUCCUGUGAGGUGUUCAGGUUCUACAAACUGGUGACAAUCAAGAGUAAGAUUGAGCCAUUGUCCAUGAUUGUUCCCCGCAGGUCAGAGUCGUAUCAAGAUGACAUCUAUCCCAUGACGGCAGGGAACAAGCCUGCGAUGACUUCAGAGGAGUGGCUCAGUGGCAUCGUCAAAGGCCCGGUGUUGAUGUCUCUGAAGCCCGGAAGUCAAAUAGCAGAGUCGUACUCGGAGAUGAGCAAAGGGCUGGGACAUUCACUGGACACCCGCAGGUCUCAGAGCCGACCGGGCAUGCUGCAGCUGGCGUACAUUCAGGACCAGCUGGGGAGCAAAGACGGCAAAGAGAACAGCGGCAACGGAGAUGAUGACAGGAGCCGGCUGGCCGUCAGCAACGGAGAGGACCCUGCACUUUGCUCUCCUCCGAGGACAGAGAACGAGUUGCUUCUCAAGUUCCACAAGCAGCAGGAGGAGAUCCGGCGGCUGAGGGAGCUCCUCAACCAGAGGGACGUGCGGGUCAAACAGCUGGAGCUGGAGAUUAAGAACAUCAAAAACACCCAGCCUCAGAGCGCACUUUAAGAUCUGCCCGACCUGCAGAGUCACCUUCACCUCCUCACGGGACACAUGCAUCACUAUAUAAACUUACUAACCCUACUCUGAUGGCACCGCACUCUUUUGCAGGGUCCUGAAUCGCUCGCUUUCCCGAUGAAACGAGACCCCAUACUCACAGCACAGGGGGUGAUUCCAACCUUGACUUUGUGUUUUUGCUUUCUUUUGUCUUUUCUGUCACUUCUUCACAAGAUGCACAUAUUCUUUGUUCAUGUACAUACACUUCAACACUGAGUCUUACCCAGCUGUAACAAGUUUUAAAAACUCUUUGCACCUUUUGACCUUUCCCCUGUUUUUCUUUUGUAUGCUCCACAGCUAUGCAAGUGUGUUGUACUAGCUUUUUGUAAUGCUCUUUGUAGCUGAGAGGUUGACGGGUAUGUGUGGGUGUGCCUGCGUUGCCUGACUGAUGUGGCUGUCUUGUCUGUGUGUAGUUUGGAAGUUGUUGCAGAGCAGGAGCAGACGUCCUGUGUGAUUGUAAUGACAACGCUGAAUUAAUUUUCUAUGCUUGGUGACUGUUUUGUCCAUGAUGUAAACUACUGUUAAAUGGAGACGUCCCUGAGACGUUUGGACCCCGGCUGUACUGAAUGUGUGCUUGGAUGAGAGUGAGCUAAAUGAAUGAGAAGAUCACGAUCCCGGGUGUUCCAUUGAGCUGCACAUUAUUUGCUGAAUUUCUUUUAUUUCUGAAUGACUGGACAAAUAUUGACAAAUCAAUGUUUCACAGCAGCUAUUGUGUAAGCCAAUUCUGUAACUGAUGCCAUGUAGCAGUUUUGAUCUUAAUUUUUUUAUAUUUAUUUUAAAAUACAGUCAAAAACAAAACAAAUAAUAAUCACGAUCUUGAAUUCAUGUUUGUAAUUUGGGGGGAAAUACAUCACACAAAGUGUUUAGAGGCUGCUUGAUUUCUCCUGAUGUGAACUCACUGUGAAGAAAAGGUUUAAAGCCAUUAUAGAGAACUGAACCACUUUAGACCUCCUGGUUUUCAAUGUGUUUUCCCACAGAGUGCCUUUCUACUGCCCUUUGUAAAACUAUAACACGAUAUACUGAGGUUUUCUGUUCGUAGUUGAAGCUAAAAUAUCUCAGACAGUCAGUGGAGUUUGAAUAAAUCACAACUGAUUAAGAUUAUGAACCAUGAUAAACACGAGCUGUCACUUCUCGCAGGUUGAGGUUGAGUCAUUCAUUUCUAGAUCGGUUAAACUGGCUGCCAUCUAACUUGGUACGUUGGUUUGUAGAUUUCCACGUCUCGCUCACGAUACAUUUAUGUAACUUUGGUGAUCCGGUAACUAGCAGCAUCAUCAGGUCCAAAUUUGGACUUGUCCAUUACUGUGGUUCAGGACCAAACUGAUGACAUCAUCCUCAGGUGUUCUGUUGUUACAGCUCAUUUGCUAUUGUGAGUAUGCUAACAUGCUAAUCUAAUAUUUUAAACAUGGUUAACAUUCAACCUGUUAAACGUUAGCAUAUUAGCAUUGGCACUGUGAUUACAUUUUACAUUACAUUUUAAUGGAAUAUUUUAAACAUGGUUAACAAUAAACUUGUUUAACAUGAACUUGUUAGCAUUGACACUGAUUAUAGUAUGACAGCAUGCUUACAUGCUAAUGUAAUAUUGUAAAAAUGACAUAUUAGCAUAUUAUCUUUGUCAUUAUGGUUCAUUUGUAUUUAACUCACUGAAUAGACAACAUAACCAGACCUGGUUAUUUGACCCACUUUGGUAAAUGUACCAACUCUAUCUAAAUAUAUCAAUAUCACACAAAUAUAGUUAUACAGUAACAGGAUGUGAUGUCACCCAUAGUGCACACGCUCAAGCAGAAGCUAGAACUUUUAUUGUCAAUGCACAGAGCACAUUAACAUUGAGCAGCCUGUAGGCUUAUCCACACAAACCUGACAUAUUAAAGACCAGAAAAGAGAAAUUAACGGAUUUAAAACAUUAAAAAAUAUAUUUAAAAUAUGUUCAGGUGUAACUUAUGGAAACUGAGAUAGCUUGUUAUCGAUAUGUGCUCUUUUGUUUUACCUAAACAUAUUUAUCGCAGCAGCUUACUGGUGUUGCAGUAAGAUUGCUGAUAUUGCUCUUCUGGAUGUUUCACGUAUGCUGACCAUUUACAGAAAUGUAGUGGGUUAUGAUUCGAGCUGCUGCGUUUGUGCAUCAAUCUCCAGAUCCACUUAUUCUGGAGCUUUCAGUGGUCUUCAUCAGCAGAAAAGGUCUGUGAGUAGACCUGGUGCAGCUUAUUGGAGCUUGUGAUGAAUGAACUCAGGCUCAGCUUUUAAGUCAAUAACAUGAAUAAUAAAUGUUCAGAAUAAUGGCUUAUUUUAACAACUACAGCUCAGUGACAACUGAGCAAAUUUGUUUUCUCAUUUGCUCAUGAAAACUAAAAGCCAAAACAAUCAAGUUAGUGAAUAUUAUUCUGCCCAAAUAAUGAUUUUUGAAUAACUACAGCUCAACAUUUACUUGCUGGUACAAAUAAAAAGGUGAAUUGUUUUUUAGAAGGUGUACAGAGAUUCCCAGUAUGAUAUUUGAGCUUUGAAAUAAACUCUGUGAGAAAA